AAACCCCAAGGGCUAAUUUUCAAUUAUGCAGAAGAACCUGAAGACGGAAAAUAAGCGAAAAUCCAAUUAUGAUGGAUGAUCAGGAGAUGCUUCUGAAACAAGUUUUCGGUGAAUCAUCAGACAGUGAAGACUACGAACAGCAACAACCAAUCCAAGAAUCAGUAUGCGAAGAUGGAUCACGCUCAACCGUCGACCUAAACCCCAUUUGGGAACCAAUCAAGGAAAUUAGCGGUCUGUGGUUGUGCAGAGACUUCCUGUCUCCUCAGCAACAAUCUACAGUGCUCUCCGCCAUUCAAAAUGAGGGAUGGUUCACGGUUGCCUCUAACAAUCAGGCUAUGAGAUUUGGGGAUCUCCCAUAUUGGGCCAUUGAACUUUCUAACUCUAUUCGUGAAGUGGUGGUGCUAUUUGGUGAUCAAAUUUGUGAAUCUACAGAGUCAGUUGGUUGUGGAGAUAAAGGCACCUGUAUUAUGCCAAGAAAUUUGUUGUGGAGAGAGCCACUAUUUGAUCAACUAAUUGUAAAUGUAUACCAACCAGGUGAGGGUAUUUGUGCACAUGUUGACCUCAUGCGCUUUGAAGAUGGAAUUGCUAUCGUCUCCCUGGAGUCAUCGUGUGUGAUGCAUUUUACACGAGUAGAAGAAGUUUGUGAAAAUGGAAAAGGAGCAAAGGAUCAGCAUGUGUCAAGAGUUCCUGUUCACUUAACCCCUGGAUCUGUUGUUCUGUUAUGGGGAGAUGCUCGCUACCUAUGGAAGCAUGAAAUUAAUCGCAAGCCAGGGUUUCAAAUUUGGGAGGGGAAGGAAUUAAAUCAGAAAAGGAGAACAUCCAUAACCUUGAGAAAACUUUGCUGUGAUGAGUAGGAAGGUGCGAUUCAAUGGUGAUCAGGAAAAUUUGCUCGUCUCCUGCAAACUACAUGUAACACACUGGAUUAAAAGCAGCUCAAUAUUGCUUCAGUAAUCAGGUCCCCUAUUUCCUAUAUUUAGCAUUCAAGUUUUUGAGCAAAGUUGAGAGUGACAGUUGCAAAUUGUACUAAUUUACGUUCCAUUGGUUUCAGGGAAAUAUCUUUUCGAGGAAAUAUUUUCCUCUCUUUCUCUU